UCUCUUCUACUAUACAAGCCUUGUAAUUAGGAGGAGUUGCAGAAGCCCCGGCCAUGAUUUCAGACACCUCUUCGUGUUUGCAGAGAAGCCCGCAGGACAGCUUCCACAUUUAUCAAGGGAUGGAUGAUAUCCUCUACUCAUCCGCCGGAGCCGCUGCUUCUGGCACGGAUCAGAUCACAUCCUCCCACGCUCUUCUGUAUAGCCUCUCGGUCCUUAGAGAAAAGGUGCAGCAAUUGGAAUCUUGCGUGAGCAUGAUGACCUCUCCGAAUCGAACACAGCAGGAGUCGAUAGCCAUGGGAGUCUCCUGUGCAGGAAUCAUGAUACAGGAGAUCAUUCUUGCGGCAUCAUCACUGAGUUGCACGCUUCCGCAAGUGGGCCCAAGCACUGCCGUUGCAUACGAGGAGCCGCCACCGAGUGACAUGAAGGUCGAAAGCGCAACAGCAUGGAUGGAUCAUUCAUCAAAUAACAGCCUAGGAAUCACUAGGAAGGACGAUUUCUUCAGCAGCAAUAAUCCGAGUGCCAAUUCUGCUAUUGACGUCGACAAUGGUAGCGUUACCAGGGAUCAAAUUAGAAAGGUGAAACCGCCCCUUGAUCGUGCCGGAAUGAGGAAGGAAUGUUCUCAAGGUCUCUCGUCGAACGGAUAUACUAUAAUCGAAUUGGAUGCGGCUGAUCUCUUAGCCAAGUACACGCACUACUGCCAAGUAUGCGGCAAAGGGUUUCGGCGUGACGCAAAUCUAAGGAUGCACAUGAGAGCGCACGGGGAUGAGUACAAGAGCGCUGCAGCGCUGGCCAACCCGACGAAGAGCAGCAGGAGUAGCAGCUCAGGAGUGGCCCUGAAGUACUCGUGUCCCCACGAUGGUUGCAGGUGGAACAGGAAGCACGCCAAGUUCCAGCCCCUCAAGUCGGUGGUGUGCGCGAAGAACCACUACAAGCGGAGCCACUGCCCCAAGAUGUACGUGUGCAAUCGGUGCAACCUCAAGCAGUUCUCGGUGCUGUCGGAUCUCCGGACGCACGAGAAGCACUGCGGGGAUCUGCGGUGGCGGUGCUCCUGCGGAACCAACUUCUCCAGGAAGGACAAGCUCAUGGGUCAUGUGGCUUUGUUCGUCGGGCACACUCCAGAACCCUGUCGCUUGCGGGACUAAGUUGAAGUCGGUAGGAAGGUCUCAUCUCUCCAUCUUCUUUUGCUUGUGGUAGAAACAAAGACUCUGUACUAAAUGAUUUCAUAGAGUUUCUGAAAGUUACUGUGCAUAAGUCUGCUUCCAGCUUA